AUGGACCCCCCGCCAGCCCCAACGGCGACACCAACACCCUCUUCAUCCACGCCAACACCGUCUUCCUCCUCCGCCCGCACUCCGUCUCUCCCACAGCUACCCAUCCUUUCGUCAUCAUCCCGCCAAACACACCCCUUCACCACCCCAACGAAACGCAUCCACACAGGCGCCGACCUCACUCACUUCCUAACCUCGCUCGCCUACCGCGACAUCUGCACCUUCAUCCUGCAGCUCAACCGCGCCCUCUGCCCGCGCAAGCUCCCUUCUACCCCUACUACUACCACCACCACCACUGCCACCCCCGGCGCCACCUCAACAUCACAACUACCGCCACCGCCAGUAUCUUCCACCCUCAACACCAACCCGCGAAUCAAAUCCCAGUCCCAGACCCAUGUCCAGUCCUUCCCCCUCGACGCACCCCGCCCAGCCGACCCCCUCGCCGUCAUCCGCCUCAGAGAAAUCCUCGCCCAAGUUGAGGGGCUGAUUGACCUGGCGCCACCCGAGGCCGGACCGCGGCGGUUCGGGAACGUGGCCUUUCGGCGGUGGUAUGGGCUGCUUGAGGAACGGGUGGCUGGGGGGUUGUUGAGGACAUGUCUUGUGCCAGUGGAUGGCAAGGGGGGUAAAGUGGGUGAGGAUGGGAGUGAGGAGGGUGGGGGCGGUGGUGACGAAUGGCUUGAGACGGCGGCGGAGGAGCUCAAGGUGUAUUUCCUUGGCGGAUUUGGCAGUGCGCAGAGGUUGGAUUACGGGACGGGGCAUGAGCUGAGUUUCUUGGCUUUUCUGGGGGGUUUGUGGAAGUUAGGGGUUUUUUCCCAGCCUGGGAGGGGACAGGAGGAGGAUGGGGAGGUGGAGAGGGCGGUGGUGUUGGGGGUUUUCGAGCCGUACCUCAGAGUCGUCCGCCGCUUGAUCCUCACGUACAACCUCGAACCGGCCGGUUCUCACGGGGUAUGGGGCCUUGACGACCACUCGUUCCUACCAUACAUCUUCGGCUCGGCCCAGCUCACCCGGCCCAUCACAGACUCCGAGCCUAUGCCGUUGGAAGGCUCUGCCCCCGGUGCCCCGAAGCCCGCUGACGUGGCCAAGCCCGCUUCGGUCGACCUCCACCGCGAAUCCAACAUGUACUUCUCCGCCAUUGGCUUCAUCAAUGAUGUCAAGAAGGGCCCAUUUUGGGAGCACAGCCCGAUUCUGUAUGACAUUUCGGGCAUCAAGGACGGAUGGGGCAAGAUCAACAAGGGCAUGAUCAAGAUGUUCAACGCCGAAGUGCUCGCCAAGUUUCCCGUAGUGCAACACUUUCCGUUCGGGUCGCUAUUCUCGUGGGACGUGGACCCAGACGCCCAGGCGCCGGUGCUGUCCAUGCAUUUGACGGCCACCGCUACGGCAGGUUCUACAGCCGGAACCUCCUCAUCUGGUCCGGGAAGUGCGGCAUCAAGUGCUGCCGGGUUACCCACUCCCAUGCCGACAGGGCCAGGCAUCCCGUAUUCGAGGGCGCCGUGGGCAGGCGCCGGAAGCUCCGGGCCGACGCCACCAAGGGGAGGCGUCCCGGAUACUGGCCCACCUCCGCCAACCGCGUUCCCGCGGGGUGUGCCGGGUCGAGCGAGCAAUCAGUUCUCCGUCACGAAGGCGCCGUGGGCAAAGGAUUGA